GGGGCGAGGGCGGGCCGCGUGCUGGGAGCCCGCCUCAGAGGAAGUGAUGGAGGCCGAGGGAGGAGGCCGAGCAGCCGCUGGUUGCUGUUAUUUGGUAGAUACAGUAGCAGGAGAUCCAGAGGUUCUGCAAGCAGAUGCUGAAACAUACUAUGAAAAACUGUUGAAGCAGUCGUCAUCUGCUCCUGACGUUUUUUCCAUCCCUGGAGGAGAAAAGGUUAAACUUGAAGAUGCCUGUGUGUGUUUUGUCCCCCUCUACCGAAAUAGUCCUACUUGCAAAAUGUUGCUGUUAACUGAUCCACAGGAUAAAGAGACAGUUUUGGCACUUUAUAUGAACCAGCGAUGGUGGCCUGUUGAAGAUGUUGUAAAAACUGCUGACCCUUCUAGAGAUGGGUUGAUUUCGGUCCAGACGUUUGGAGAAAGGAUUGUCCUCUUUGUUCUAAACUGCAUUAUUUUUGGAAUGCCGGAAGGGAAUUCAGCUAAUGAUGCAUUCUUUCUACCUCACUCUGCCACUGAGUGUGCCAAAAUACUCUGGAGAAAUGGUGAGGCUGUUGCCUUUUACUCAGUGAAGAUGAAAGGGAGUCUAUGUGAUGGUACUACCAGUCAAUGUUACUUGCUGCCAGUUUUGGAUACUAUAUUUGUCCAGAGAAAGUACAGAAGAGGUGGCCUAGGGAUGAAAAUGCUGCGUGAUUUCUGUCAGUCCUUCAAGACUGAGGAUGCCUUGGGGAUCAGCUGCCCUAUUUCUGCUGCCAUGUAUCAAGUUUGCCUGAAAUACUUACAGACUUACCCUGAGGAACAGAAGCGACUCUGGGAGGUGGAAGCACCAGGAGAUUGGAGCCAGCGAGUGAAUAUCUGGUUAAAAAUUCAGAUGGAGUCAUCCCUUUCAGGAAGGCAUGGAAUACAUUCUUGAUGUUGAGAAAGAAGCAGGAGGUGCCACAGGAAAAUAAAUAAAUAAACAAAGAAGAUGACAGCAAGCAGUAAGGACUCUGAACUCACAGUCCCGAGCGGCAGGACAUAGAACAAAGUGGAGGCAAUAAUCACCAAUGCAAAGGAUCCAGAAGAGGAGCAGAUCCUCGGGAUGUUGUUGGAGACAAGGCCAUCAAAUGAUUCAGGAUUAUACCAUAACUGCACUCUAAAAAUGCAGCAAAAUCUCAGUCUAGCUUUAAAAAAAAAAUGUAAUCGAAUGUGCAUGAUUUGUAACACCAGAUAGAUUUUUUUCAGGUAAGAUGUAAUUUUUUUUUGCAAGGGACAUGUUCUCU